CUGGAACUCUGGCUGGCCAAAUGUAGAGGCUCCAUAACCUCCCGAGAAAGGCAGGGAGAAUGGAAAGAGGGAGGAAGAGGAGGAUCUAGGGUGAGCUUGGGAGUCACUGUGAGGGAAGGAAGGGGGUCUUGGAGGUGUGACUGUGCUCAGGACAUCCUGGUCUGGCCCGGCCCAAAGCUGUGGUGGCUCGCGUGCAGCCGUCAGGUGGCGGUGUUCCAUUGGCUGCGUGGCGGCUUUGAGACCCCUCCUCCCGCGCUCCAUUGCUCCUGGUUUCUUUCUUUGCGCUCUUGCUCCAGCUCCCAACGCCCUCCCGCUCUCCAGGCCGCGGUGUCACCCACACCGCACCGCCGCUGCUAACCCGCGACCAUGGCGCACCGGGAAACACCAGGCGCCCCGAAGCGUCCUGGCCUCACCGUGCCGGCCCCGAGCUCCCAUGCUCCGCCGCCGCCGCGCUGGCCUCGCUUGUGGCCUCUGCCACUGCCACUGCCGCUGCUGCUGCUAAUGCUGGUGGCUGCCAGCGGGGCGGCGGAGCACUCUCCCGAGUCCGGGAGCCUGGGUCCCAGCGUGCAGGUCACCCGGCUGCUGUACGCGGGAGGCCCGAAAUCCGGCGAUCACGAGGAUCCCCAGACACGAGGAUUCGAGCCCAGCGCUCCGCGUCCUGGUCCGGGUCUUGCUUCUGGUCCCAGCGCAGAUGGCGUCGUAGUUCCGGGCCAGGGGCGCAGGGCGCUGGCGGCGCCGGUGGCCAUUUCUGCCUCGCGCAUGCAGGUCUCGCUCAUCAGCACGUCGUUCGUGCGCAAGGGGGACGCGACACACAACCAGGCAAUGGUGCACUGGACAGGCGAGAACAGCAGCGAGCCAGUAAAUAUUGAGGAUGUGGCAGUGAACUUCACCUCAGAAGAGUGGACUAUGUUGGAUUCUAGUCAAAAGAAGCUCUACAGAGGUGUGAUGAAGGAAACAUUUUUGAACCUGAUCUCCAUAGAAAAAGCACUAGAAGAAAAUAUUGAAGAGGACUCUAAAGGUCUCAGCAAGAAUAUGGGAUAUCAGGGGAUUGUGAAAGACCAAUGAUAUGAAUGUCAAAAUGACUGUGAUACAAACCAGCAACCUAUUCCAGACAGUAUGAUCAAUAAAGAAAUGCAUUCCAGAAUUAGAGUUCUUGAGACUCCAUUGCAUGUAAGAAACAUUAUUGGUUAUUUAUCUUUACAUGAGUAUCUAAGAGAAAAAAUCUAGAGGGAAACCACUGCUGUAUAAGGGAGCUAUAGCAAAAACAUUUAUACAUCAGAAACAUUGGAAAGAUAUCAGUUAUUCUUAAUCACUUCAGGUACUUGAAACUUCUUUUAAAGAGAAACCCUGUAAAAUUCAACAAUGUAAUGAAGCCUGUAGGAGUCUCUGUUUUGAUCAACCUCAGGAGAGAACUCAUACUGAAAAUAAACUCAAUGAGGAUGUCUUAAUGAGAUUCCCAUAUGGUCAGAAUGAUGAAGUAAUCCAUAAAGAAGUGAAACAAUUUGUAUGUUAUAUCUGUGAAGAAUCCUUCAUUGAUUCCAGCGAUCUUACCAACCAUGAAAAAAGUAAUAUUGAAGAGAAAUGGUACAUUUGUAGGGAAUGUGGCAAAACAUUUAAAUAUGUAACAUGUUUUGAGAGAUAUAAAGUAACUCACAAAGUAGAGAAGCCAUAUGCUUCUAUACAUUUUGGAAAAUCCUUCACCAAAUUCAGUGUUUAUAACAGUCAUGAAAACAAUUACAUUGGACAACAGCCUUAUGCCUGAAAGUAUUGUGGAAAAAACUUCAGCAGUUCUGUGUAUUGUAACCUUCAUGAAAGAAUGCACAUGGCAGAGAGGCAUUAUAUAUGCAAGCAUUGUGGGAAAGCCUUUUUCUCUUCCAGUGAUCUGAAUAUCCAUGAAAUAAUUCACACUGGAAAAAAGCCUUAUGCAUGUAAGUAUUGUGGAAAGGUUUUCAAUGACCCCAGUGGUUGUAACAGACAUGAAAGAAUCCACACUGCAGAGAAACCUUAUGCCUGUAAGCAUUGUGGAAAAACUUCACCAUUUCUGCAUUUUGUAACAUUCAUGAAAGAAUUCAUACUGGAGAGAAACCUUAUGCAUGUAAGUUGUGGAAAAUCAUUCACUUGUUCCAGUACUUGUAACAUUCAUGAAAGAGUAUACAUGGCAGAGAGCCAUUAUACAUGUAAGCAUUGUGGCAAAGCCUUCAACAACCUCAGUAGGUGUAACAAACACAAAAGGAGCCACACUACAGGAAGCAGAAGAUUUAUACAUGCAAGGAUUGUGAAAAAACGUUUUUCUGGCAUAGUCAUCUGAACAUCCAUGGAAUAAUUCACACUGGAGAAAAAGCCUUAUGUUUGUAAGCAUUGUGGAAAAUCAUUCCGCAACCCCAGUAGUUGUAAUAGACGUGGAAGGAGUCACAUUGCAGAGAAACCUUAUUCAUGUAGGCAUUGUGAAAAAACCUUCACCAAUUUCACUUCCUGUAAGAUUCAUGAAAAGAGUUCACUUUGAAGUCGUAUACAUUUAAGCAGUGUGAAAAGGUGUUAUCUUGUUCCAGUCACCUGAGCAGUCAUGGAAGAAAUGUCUUGAGCAUGUAAACAUCUUGGAAAAGCCUUCAGUGACCUCAGUAGUCAUAACAGACACGAAUGAAGUCACACUAUAGAGAAGCCUUAUUCAUGUAAGCAUUGGGUAAAACCCCUCACCAAUUUCUAUUCAUGUAAGGUUCAUGAAAGAGAUCAUACUGAAGGGAAGUGCUAUGCAUGUACGCAUUGUAGAAAAGCAUUUUCCCACUCCAGUCAGCUGAACAUCCAAGAAAGGGUUCGAAUUGGAGAGAAGGCUUUUGCACGUAUACAUUAUAGGAAAACUUUCAACACUUCAACUUCUCCUGAUUUGCAUAAAAAAAAACACACUAGAGGAAAAAUUCUUUGUGUGUAAAAGAUGUGGAAACUGUUCAUUCUAUUGAUCUUAACAGGCAUAAAUAAAAUAGUUGACUUGAAGGUAAAGCCUUAUGCGCAUAAGAAUUGUGGAAAAGGGUACUGGAGAGAUGGCUCAGUGGUUAAGAGCACUGCCUACCCUUCCAACGGUCCUGAGUUCAAUUCCCGGCAACCACAUGGUGGCUCACAACCAUCUGUAAUGAGGUCUGGUGCCCUCUUCUGACCUGCAGACAUACAUACAGACAGAAUAUAGUAUACAUAAUAAAUAAAUAUUUAAGAAAAAAAGAAUUGUGGAAAAGCCUUCAGCUGCUCUUGUGAUUAUAACAGGUCUGAAACUCUUCUCACUAGUCUGUAGCCUAAUGCGUGUAACCAUUGUCAGAAAGCCUUUACUAGAUUCACUUGGUCCAAGAGUAAAAACAUUCACAGUGGACAGAAACCUUUUGUGUGUACACAUGGUAUAAAACUAUUUCUUUGUUCUUGUGACUUUUAACAAGUAUAAAGUUCUCACACAGUGUCUGUAAUGUGGGAAAGUCUUCAGAACAUCCAGUUUCUGUAACCGUCAUGCACAGAUCUACCCUGGAAAGAAUUGUAAUGCAUAUAUACAUUUAAGUAUUGUUCCAAGUCUUCAGGAGUUUCUGUUGCCAUGAUGUUCUAAAGAAUUCAUUUUGGGGAAAAAAAGAAUUCACUCUGGAGACAGACUUUACAUGUAUGACCAUGUGAAAAAUCUUUUAGCAACCGCAUUUCCUACUAUACUCAAUAACUUUUUUCACUGGUGAGAACCUUUAUAUUUAGAAUAAAUGUGGAAAAGUAUUCAGAGUGUUUAGAAUGAAUGAAACUUAAGUGUGUUUGUCCUUUUUAUGGUAGUGUGUUCCAGAAUUUCUGUGUUUUAAGUCCCUGCUGAAGUCCAUUGUGAUCUCGCAGUGAAAAGAAGUAGUGUGUAGAACAAAUAUCAGCAGUAACUCUGUAAUGCUGUGUUGGUAAAUUUGCUUCUCUUGUGAGUAAUGAAUGUAUCAGCUAGUAAUGAUUCUUGCCAGUAAAUGUGAUUAUCUGCAUUGCCUCCCUGGAUUUUAUGUGGUGGAAAUAGUGUAGCAAUUUCCGAAGCUGUCUUCUAACAAUCACAUAGACUUCUUAAUAAACACACACACAUACACACAUACAGAGAGAGAGAGACCAAUGAGUAAAAAAAUAAAAUAUUCAUAGGAGUAAUGAUAUAAUUAAGAAAUAAAAAAUUAAAAUGGAACAAAAGAGAUUAUCAAAUGUGUAAAUA